AUGGGAAUCCUUGGUCCUGUUAUUUUUGCCGAAGUUGGAGAAACAAUACAUGUUGUAUUCAAGAACAAGGCUAAUCGGACCUAUGAGAUGGUUCCUCAUGGAGUCUUUUCAUUUGGAGCACAAGAAGUGAAACCGGGAGAGACUUACACCUAUGUGUGGCCUGUACCAGACAGAGUUUCUCCGCUCGAAAAAGAUGACAACUGUAUUACACAUAUGUAUUCGUCAUUUGCCAGUCUCGAUGUUGACCAACAUACCGGACUGGUUGGCCCUAUCGUAAUUUGCAAACGAGGCACGCUAACAGACGAAAUGAAGAAAAAAGUUUACUACAUGUUGUUGGCAACGUACGAUGAAAACGAAAGUCCAUAUCUACAACAAAGCAUUGAUGCUUUCGCCGGAGAUCCGUCAUCGGUUGAUAAAGAUGAUGAAGAUUUCAAGGAAUCGAAUAGAAUGCAAUCAAUAAAUGGUUUGGCGUUCGCAAAUCUACUUGACGUGCAGUUGUGUGCUGAACAAUAUACCGAUAUUCGUAUACUAUCUCUGGGUUCUGAACUGAAUAGUCAUGCCUUCAUAUUUGACGGAACUGCAAGAAAAACUAGAACCGAGUACACUGGCAUGACUGGAGUUUUCCCCCAUGUUAUCAGCACGACGAGUGUAUAUCCAUUCGGGCCCGGUGUAUCGUUGUAUGGAUGUCACGUAUCAAACCAUGGAACCAAUGGGAUGGUUUCUUUUUAUGAGUCAAAAUACUGCAGUGAUCCGAAGCCAAAAUUUCAGCCUUCUGUAAAACGAACUAUUUAUCUCGGCAUUGUUGAAGAAGUUUGGGAUUAUCUUCCUCGUAGAUUUGAUCAUAAAGGAAAUUCUGUUGAUGAUCCAGAACAUCUCGCUUAUUUAUAUGCUCACCAGGAAAAUGGAAAAUACAUAGGUUCAAGGUAUAAAAAAGCAAUAUUUUAUGAAUAUACCGAUGAUUCCUUCACUGUUCGAAAAUUAAAGCCAAAGCAUCUUGGAUUCGACGGACCCAUUUUAAAAAUGGAAAUUGGUGAUGAAGUAAAGGUCAUUUUCAAAAAUAUGGCAACGAUUAAGUUCAAUGUGCUACCAAUGGGCGUGUAUACCGUCGGGAUUAUGCAAGGUCCUGUACCACCCGCAAAACCAGGAGAAACCGUGACCUACACUUGGCAGGUAAGACCGGAGUUGGCCCCUAAUCCGGAUCAACCCGAUUGUUUCGCCAGUGCUUAUUAUUCCGUUGCUGAUUUCAGAAGAGAUGCCUACAGUGGAGCUAGAGGACCCAUGGUCAUAUGUAGGCGAGGGACGUUAAACCAAAAGAAAGGAGGAAUGGCAGAUAAAGAGUUCUCUUUAUUAUUUUACAUCACUGAUGAAAAUUUGAGUCAUUAUAUUGAUGAGAAUAUUCGUGAAUUUGCAAAGGCUGAUCCAAAAACAUUUGAUAAAAAAGAUAAAUCUUUUGUGGAAAGUAACAAAAUGAAUCAUAUCAAUGGAUUUCUCUAUCAUGUUCCUGAAUUGAAUAUGGAGAAAGGAGAACUUGUGAGAUGGCAUUUGUUUGCAGAGGGAGAAGAAGACAUUCAUACGGUUCAUUUCCACGCUAACGCAUUUGUACACCAGUGA